GCGUAGCAGAGCGCAGCUGCGGUUGUCCCUGGUGUUGAGCCCGCUCGGCUCUCCAUAACCCUGUCCGGUCUCCAGCUUGUCGUCCCAACGCCUAGUUGGGCUGUUUCCUUCUGCUAUAUGUCCUUAUCUCCUGUUGGCCCCGUAACUCCUUGUGUGCUUUUUUGCUUUGUGUUCAUUCAUUGGUUCGGUUCUUUUCUCUUUCAUUGGCCACUUAAUUAUUUUCCCGCACCUUCUUUCUCCGACACCUCAUGCAUUCUUGGUGUUCUUUUUCCAUGUCAUUUUCCCCCCCUUUAUUUCUCCUCGUGGCUUCUUUCUCUUUAUCCUCUUCUUUCCCGUGUUACUGCUUUGAACUGGUUGAGCAGCAACUGCUGCAUCUAAGUGCCUGGUGCACAUUGAAUGUACAAGAAAAACUGCAGCGUUAGGCCACUUGACAAGCAGGUGGCAAGCAAUUAGUGUGUACCGAUGCAAAGCGUUUUCCCAAGCAAGAGGGUUAUUCUUUAAACUGGGGCGAAACUUUGGAAGGUGGUAUAUAAGAAUUCCAAUCAGGAGUACCAUAUAAACUGGAUUAUAGGCCGAGUGCGAAUAUAUGUCGACCCUCUGUCUUUAGGUGAAAAAAAGAGAAAACAACUAAAAAUCUCCGAAAUGCAUUUAUUUUUGAAAUGGCACCGUUCACCCACCAUCGGAGCUGUAGUCUCGUUCAUCAGAACUCGCAGCACUGUCCUCGGAAGACGACCGUUUUUUGCUGGCUGAUUUGAGUCCAGCUUCUCCUGAUACACUGGCAGCGACGUUCCCGCAGGAAGUCUGCGAGUGUGCUGUGGGUGAACUGCACUUUAGCAGCUUGCCUUCCUGCGCUCUCCAGGUAACGCACGCUUUUUUUCCGAAACUGGCGCACACAUUGUCGUUCACUUCGGCAAGGUUCCCAUAGGUUACCAGACGACGACUAGUAUUCGGCUAAAGACCGCUAUAUAAUGUUGAAUUCCAAUGGCGGAGUCGGAGCAAGUUUUUCUGCUCGUUUCGGAGCAAGUUUGUUCCAAUGGCAGAGUGAGGGCGGGAGCAAAGUGUUCCAAUGAGAGAGUCGGAGUGGAUUCAGAGCGGGAGUCACUCUGUGGAGCAGAAAAAGAUGCUCUGCCAAAAUCGGUGGAGUGGACCGGAACUCUGCGUGACGUAUUUCCUUUACCACGUUUCUCUGCUGGGGGUCGCCACCGGUCGCGACUCGCGAGUUGUGGUGGUAAUGGCGGACGACAUGAACGGCUCGGCUAGUUCGGCAAAGCAUGCGGCAUUGCUUAUGCUACUCGACAGCGACAGCUCCGAGUCGGAAAGCUCAAGUUCCGACACGAGCGAUUACUCGGAUAGUGACAGCGACGCUGAAACUGCCGCUUACGAGCGGGAAUUCGACAGGAUGUUCCGCAUUCCCGCGAAGAGGCCCAAAAUAGUCGGCUUCAUCGAGGACGUCGUGCGGCAGUACUCGGACGAUGAGUUCCGAAGGCACUUCAGGCUAGCUCGACCUGUGGCUGAAAAGUUGAUCGCCGAGUUUGCUGCGUCGUCUAUGUGCCCUUCGAGCACACAUGGAGGGGUUCCAGCAAAAUCUGCGGAAACGCACAUCUUGUCGUUUAUCUGGUACGCGGCCAACAAAACGUGCAUGAGAAACGUGGCAAGCCGGUUCGACUUGUCAGAAAGCUCUGUUCACCGAAUCCUCCAUAGAGUAGCGGAUUUCCUCCUGACCCUGGGACCAUCGUUGAUAAAGUUUCCUGCUGACCUGGAGAACCUCACUAGAAGUUUUGAGAAGGUGUCUGGAAUGCCUGAUGUUAUUGGUUGCAUAGAUGGAUCCUACAUCAAGAUACAGUGCCCGGACAAGAAGGUUGCUUCAACAUAUUGUAACAGGCACCACUACCUUUCACUGACACUGCAAGCCGUCUGCGAUGACAAAAGACGCUUCCUUGAUGCAUUCAUUGGAAGCUCAAGCAAAAUGCAUGAUUCCCAUGUGUUCAGCUUGUCGCCACUUUCAAAGAAAAUCUCUGCCGUAUGUCAGGGGUCUUUCCAUCUUUUAGGGGACGCAGCGUAUCCACUGCGGGAAUACCUGUUGACACCCUACCGGGAUUAUGGUGCUUUGACAAAACAGCAAAAAGGAUUUAAUUAUAAGUUUUCAGCCACAAGAGUGCUCAUCGAAAAUGCAUUUAGCAACCUCAAAAAGCGCUUCAGACAGCUGAUGUAUCUUGAGCUCCGCACUAUUCAGUGGCUCAAUAAGUUCAUCAUAAGCUGCUGCAUUCUCCACAACUUGUGCAUCGAGUAUGGUGAUGUAGAGCCAGAUGAUGAUGAUUAUGAACAAGUACCCAAUGAUGUACAGUGGCAGAACUGCAGUGAUAAUCACAUUGACAAAUCUGGUGAAGAGCGAGCACUGCGCAGGCUUGGGGAAAUUAAGCGCACGAAAGUCUUGGCAAAGUUCCUGUAGAAAAAUUGUGGGCACUAAACCAUCCUGCUCCAAAGUGUACUUUUCCUCUAGCUUCAAAACACCAUAAGCCCUAAAUGGAUUCUGCUGCAAACUCCUCGUUUCCUUGAGCUUCAAAACACCAAAAGCCACUUUAAUAACAGCACUAGGCUUUACGUGCGUAAUCAUGCAAUGAUGGUAUGACAUUCUUUGUAGCUCUGUAAUUACCUGGAUGUAAACGCAAGAACCACUAGCUCCGAACCAUUGGAGCUGGUGCAUCGAAAUAAAGCUGCAGCAAGCUGGUGAAUCAAAAAGUCCAUGCAGUAGUUGGGGGCUGCGGUAUGUGUACUAACGCGCAGCCCCCUUUAAAUACACAAGCACACGUUUGGCACUAUACACUUUUAUUUUAACAUGCUGACAUUCACACUGGAAUU